UCAACAUACAAAUUUUGAGAUUAACAUACACAAUAAAAAGACAUACUCGUACAUAUAUUUCAUUCCAAAUACACAUUCUGUAUUUCUUAUUAAACUAUUGAAGGAUUACCAUAUAAAAUCUACAAUUUAAGCAAUGGCAACCAAGCGUGGACGUGGUGAAGGAGACGUGAAAAGGAAAAUAGCUCGUUUAAGAUUAAAAAAUGUUAUACGAAGUGUAAUGAUAAAUAGAAUUUGGUUAGUGGAUGUCAGUGAACAAAAACUCUCGCUGAAUGUUAAGAAAAAUAUAGCCAUGCUUAUUCGGCCACAACAUAAAGUCGGAAUCCUUACAAUGGCCGAAAAAAUGCUGCUGCGAACUCAUCCCAACCUGCGUUCAAUAGAUGACCGAAAAAAAUUGGUUAAUCUGAUCGCGAGUCUAACGUGCUUUUCUCGAAUUCCGCCGGUUAGUCGUUUAAAGUACGUGCUAGAUUGGUACCAGUCAUUAAAUUUAUGUUUUUGGGACCUGGGCGAAAAAUAAUAAAAGAAGGUGAUCCGCCUUCUUCAGUAUACUUUAUACUCAGUGGAGAAGUUGAAUUAUACCGAAGAGUUUAUGAUCGGACAAAAAACGCAUUCGAGGACAAGUUGGUUUUGAUCACUGGGCCGGGAGAUUGCCUUGGCGAUAUUGAAAUGAUUGAAGAAUGCCCUCGAACAAAAACAUGCAUUUCCCGCAACGAAGUUGAACUGCUUGUUCUGCAUGGAGACGAUUUUGACAAGAUUUUGCGGCCCAUAAUGACACAGCAGUGGCAGGAAAAGAAAGCCGCUCUACUAGCAUUGGAAUACUUCAAAUAUUUAAAUCAUGAUCAGAUUAUAUCGGCAUGUAGAUUAGCGCUUAUUAGGCAGUUUGAUCCGUUAGAAACAAUACUUUAUGAAGAUAAAGGUUACGACAGUUAUGUACAUUUCGUAAUAAGUGGUGAAUGCAUGAUAUUGCAGUGUUUAAAAGUGAAGGUUACACUCAAAACAGGCGGAAAAAUAUUUGAACUUGUUAACAUUUCCGAGUGUAAGGAAGAAAACCUAUUCCAAGGUCCCGCAAUAUUUAGUACCCUACGAAACUCAAAAGAAGGCGAUUUAAGAAACGGAUCUUCGUAUUCUGACUUGGAUUAUGAAACAAUGUCGGAAGAGGAUGCUGAAAGUCAAAAAGGAAAUCGUUUGUUGCAAAAAAUGGACAUAAAGAGUAUUCAAGUUUCAUGUGGCGUGUCAAAAAUGAACAAGGAGGAAAAUUCUUCUGAGAGAAAUAGUAAUUUCUCCAAGGAAUAUUUAGGCGCCGAAGAAGCACCAGGAGAAAUGUCUGAAUUCAGUGGGAUAAGUUCUGAAUGUGAUCCAAAAUAUUUGAACGAAUAUUCAAUAAGGCUUUCAAAUGUUAUAAGUAAAGAGAAUAUACCGUCCAAUGAUAAUUUGAGGUCUACAGAAGAACUUCCGGAAAUGAGAACGGAUAAGAAACAAAUUUCACUCAAACAGGGCUUUCCUACAAGAAUUGAGAAUCAUUUCAUUGAUGUAGGCUCAAUUACUUUUGGAGGUGUCUUCAGUUUAGGUGAAAAACUAGAACAUCGGGUUAUAAUGGCACGAACUACAGUUCAAUGUCUUAUGCUGCCAAGAUACUGGCUCUUGGAAAAAGAGCAAAAUCCGGGAAACAUAUGGCAACGCAGGCGAUUCUAUUUAAAUUCAACUAUACCAUCCAGAGAACAGCUUUUUAAAGACUUUUUGACCACCCGCACAUGGCAGAAGUUCAAAAACAAUGUAAUUUCCAGCAAUUUGACAAGAAAUCUUAGCAAUCCAACAAAAGUGCAGGACAUUCCCAUUAUAUGCCGAAUUGUAGAACCUACUGAAUAUUAAUGCAAUAAUUCGUGGUGGGAAAUAUACCCAGAACUGCCCAUGUAAAUGUUGAUAUAAAAUAUUACAACCUCAAAUAA